GCCCAGCGUGCAGCCAUGAGGCGGCGCGUGUACGGGGGAGAUGAAGUUGGGGCUCUGGUGUUUGACAUUGGCUCGUACACUGUCAGAGCAGGCUAUGCAGGCGAGGACUGUCCAAAGGUUGAUUUUCCAACAGCCAUUGGCGUAGUGCUGGAAAGAGACAAUGGCAGCACUCUGAUGGAGAUAGAUGGUGACAAAGGCAAACAAGGGGGCCCAACUUACUACAUAGACACCAAUGCCCUGAGAGUCCCGAGGGAGAAUAUGGAGGCCAUUUCACCUUUAAAAAAUGGAAUGAUUGAAGACUGGGAUAGUUUCCAGGCAAUACUGGAUCACACUUACAAGAUGCACAUUAAAUCUGAAGCAAGUUUGCAUCCUGUCCUUAUGUCUGAAGCACCAUGGAAUACUAGAGCAAAGCGUGAAAAACUGACGGAGUUGAUGUUUGAGCACUACAACAUCCCUGCUUUUUUCCUGUGUAAAACUGCCGUUCUAACAGCCUUUGCUAAUGGGAGAUCUACAGGUCUCAUUUUGGAUAGUGGAGCAACACACACCACUGCUAUUCCAGUGCAUGAUGGAUAUGUGCUUCAGCAAGGUAUUGUAAAAUCACCACUUGCAGGAGACUUUAUUACUAUGCAGUGCCGGGAAUUGUUUCAGGAAAUGAACAUAGAGAUAAUUCCUCCCUAUAUGAUUGCUUCAAAGGAGGCAGUUCGUGAGGGGUCCCCUGCAAAUUGGAAGAGAAAAGAGAAGUUACCCCAGGUCACCAGGUCUUGGCACAACUACAUGUGCAAUUGUGUCAUUCAGGACUUCCAAGCUUCUGUCCUCCAAGUAUCAGAUUCAACCUAUGAUGAACAGGUGGCAGCACAGAUGCCAACAGUUCAUUAUGAGUUCCCCAACGGCUACAACUGUGACUUCGGUGCGGAGCGUCUGAAAAUUCCCGAGGGAUUGUUUGACCCUUCCAAUGUAAAGGGUUUGUCUGGUAACACGAUGUUGGGUGUGAGCCACGUUGUCACAACAAGCGUUGGAAUGUGUGAUAUCGACAUCAGGCCGGGCCUCUAUGGCAGUGUCAUUGUAGCAGGAGGAAACACUCUAAUACAGAGUUUCACAGACAGAUUGAACAGAGAGCUGUCUCAGAAAACUCCACCGAGCAUGCGCCUGAAGUUGAUCGCGAACAACACGACUGUGGAGCGGAGGUUCAGCUCGUGGAUUGGUGGCUCCAUUUUGGCUUCUUUGGGUACUUUUCAACAGAUGUGGAUUUCUAAACAAGAAUAUGAAGAAGGAGGGAAACAGUGUGUAGAAAGAAAAUGUCCUUAAGACCUCUUACUGUGAAAACUGCUGCCUGCUCGGUGCUCCUUCUGUUUUAUAGCUUUAGCAUACUCAGGAAUGGGAUGGACUCUUUUUUGUAGAAAGUUUAUAAUGGGUUUUUUGCAUAAUUCAAGUUCCAUUUUAACAAACCUUAGAAAUUUUGAGAGACCUAAUUGGUACUAUAAUAGAAAAAGGAUGUUUACAUCCCUUGUAAAGCAAUAAUUCAUGUAACAAGCAUUUUAUAAUUUUGUAUAAAUGUCUAUUUUCUCUAGUAUCUUUUCCUGGGAACAGCUUUACAGGUUAGCUAAUAGAUAGAGGCAUAACCUUGCAAAUGCCUGUGCUUAUUUAUUAAAUAUUUCUUGUCUACUUACACAUAUUAGUCUUCCUUGCUGGUACUUUGGCCUUAAAUUGCUCUUAAUGCUCUCUUAAAGAAAUAAAAUUUGGUCUUUUGUAUUUGAGGAGCUUUGUGAGUACUUGCAGAGAAAGUUAGUCUGUUGUUUUAAAAGUUGAAAGUUUGUAUUCAGUGACGUAGUUGGUUGUAAGCUUUUACUGUCUCACAGAAGUGUUACAUUCCAUUGAGUGAAUGUUAUAUUAAGCACUGGUUUGCUAUUUUUUUGUUAAGGAGCAGUUUCAUUUCAGUCAGCAAUCACUGCUUUCCACCUGCUUUCUAAGAAUGUAUUUAAUGCCUUUGUGAUGUAGGUGAGAAGCAAAACUUGUUCGAGCCAGGGAAAUUGAGAUAAAAAAAUUGCCUCUCCAGUACUUGGGAGAACAGGAAUAGAAGCCAUCAGGGUGUGGCUUGACAUUGCUGCAGGGAGCUGUAACUCCGAGGGGCAGCCCAAGGUCUGGAUCCCUUGGGGACUCGCAGCAGGGUCAGUAAGUGCCUGUGUUUGCAUGGGGAAGGUGCUCUCAGGGUCACAGCAAUGGGGAUGAUUAUUUUUUGUUCAGUAGGAACUGGCUGUGAAGAUGCAGCUCAACAUUGCUGUUAAGCUAACUUUCAUUUACAACUGUGUGGUGGUCUGUUCUGGGACACAGUGAAGUUUUGCUCCUUAUCUCAAAAGCUGUGGAAAACCAAAUAGCAUUUAACUGAUCUAAAAAGAAUAAACAUAAAGUAAACAGUACUGCUGCAUUUUUAUAUCCUAAAAGACCUUGUGGGUAAAUAUGUGGCCUCUAUUUGAAACGUUUCACCUUACCUCCAAACAAUAAAGUAAUUUAUCAAA